AUGCAAGAAAAUGAGGGAUCUAUAUUGUCGCCGAUGGAAGCGACAGAAGGGAUGUUAAAGAUGGUUCAUGGCAUUUCAGUAACACAGGAAUUACCGUUCCGACCGGCCGUGCCGGUAUUUAAAAGUCGUUUUGAUACAGAUGUCACGCCGAUAUCGCCAAACGGUAGGAAGCUGGGUAUGUUAGGUAGAUUAACAAGUUGUUGUUGUGUGCACGGGUGAAUUGAGGUUGUGGUAGUUGUACAUUGUUCUAGUGGGUUUUUAUAAGGUCUUUAAAAGUUUGCAAGGUUUUGUUUUAGUUGUAGAUAUUAUUUAUGGCUAUUUUAGUCUUUUAAUGACAUGGGUAAUAUGUUUAUUGAAAAAUCGUUAGAUUCUAUGGUUAUUGUAGUUUUUGGCACAGAAAUCACUUUUUUCUAUAUUGCACACAAGCACCGUUUAACAUAUAAAUGAUAUUUACCGUUACAGCAGCUGAAGCGGCAAAACGCGCCAACAAACUUAUGUCAUCACCAAAUAACAUUUCCCUGUAUGAUCACGACGGUCAAGAAAACAAAUUUCCGUUGAGUGUACAAGAAGAAAAAGCGAAGAAACAUUUGGCCAAAGAUCCAAAAACCGGUCUUACUAUUGAAACUGUUAAACGACGAGAUUUACGGCACAGAUUCGAGCGCAUGUUAUCAUCAGAUGGUUUAGAGUAUAGAAUUAAUCAAGUAAGUCUUUAAAAUUGGUUUUUCUGUGUUUAGGUAGGAAAGAUGUUUAACAUCAACUAUAUUGGAACGUAUAUAUGGGUGUAUUGGCGUAGCCUUUCGUAAAUGGUUUGGUUAUGUUGAGUAUGGUCGAUAUUUUUCACGUUUGUUGUUAAACAUGAUGAUUUGAGCCAUAGUGGUGUUAUAAUCUUUAUUUUUAACACCACAUGUUUCUCUUGAUCAUGUUUAACAUAAAAUACGUUUAUAUUAAUCAUACUCAACAUAUCAUGGUUGGUUUUAUCGUGCUGUACUACGACAUGACUAUUAUAAUCAUGGUUAAUAAGCUGUAACUGUUAUAAUCAUGUUCAACAUGCCAUAACUCUACUAUAGCUUCAGCUAUAACUUAUAUCAACUAUAACUUGAGUUCUCUUUACCCAUUUCUUUCUAAUGCUCUUAAUAAUCAUGUUAUUUUAGUAUUUUCAGCUACCUCACCUCACGAAUAUACAAUUAGCGGGUCUAAUGCGACGAAGCCGGAACAGAUCGGAGUUUACCGACAUGUCAGAUGAAGUUUGGUCUCAUAUCUUUGAUGAGAAGCGGCGCUACGAAGAUCGGACAGGAGAAUUCGACACAGUAAUGACCAGAGACUUUGCCAAACGACUGUCGAUAAUGCAAAACGAUGAUAGGAGCGAGAAGACGGAUUCAGAGCCCGACAUGGAUCCUGACGAUGACGUAAGGCUGGACCAUUCGGGUAGCCCGGUGUUUGAAGAGAUUGAGAAUCUAGAGGAGGAAACGUGGGUUUUAACUAUGAUUAUUUUUAUGUUAUAUUGAAAAGUUUAUUAGUUACAUUUUUGGAAUAUAUCCUAUAUAUUAAUACUAACAUUUAAACUUACAGUCUUUCUUUGCAAUCUAUAAUUUUAGUAAAGACGCACAUGAACAACUAUAUAGGUUUUUUGAAUAUCUUGAAACGAGACGACAACUAAUGGAAGAAGAGAAAUGGUUGGCGUUACAGAUCAAAAUGUUGUCGGAAAAACGGGAACUGCUUAAAGGUUCUGGUGUUCUUGUAAGUAUUUUCAUUAGUUUUUAAUUUUUAGGUAACAAAUAUAAUAAUUAGCCAUGUUUAUAAUAAUGGGUAUAGGUUAUCAAUGAUGUUAAAGAAAAUUAGUGGUUAACGAAAUUUUGCUACUAAAAGACGCAUUUUAUCUUAAUGUUCAUAUGUUGGUUUUAAAAAGAUUUUACUUUAACUUUUGAUAAAAUACCUCGAUUAUUGCAGAACAACGAACCACAUAUCGUUUUUGGAAGACCUCAAAUUGAUAAUGAUGUGACACAACGUUGUGCACGAUGCGUACCGCUUAUCGCAUAUAAGAAACGUCCUAUUAUCCGAGUGCCUUUGGUCAAAGAUGUCGAACAUGAUAUUAAAAUAAUGAGCCAAUAUUGUAGGUUUUUUGCUGUUUUUAUAGCUUUUUCUCUAUAACUUGUUGGUUAUUUUUAAAAUGCUGUUUGUAGGUUUUCUGUUUUUAAAUAUUGAAUUUUUCAGUGGGCCAAGAUUGCUCAAUAGUAGAUGAUUUCCUAUACAAUAUAGCGACAGGAUUAGAUGAUGAACUAGACGAGUGAGUUUUAAAUUUGUUAAAUAAGUCUAAAUGAUUCAAACGAAGAUGCUAUACUCCAUGUUUUAGAUUCCACAUGCCCCUAGGCGAACGCAGCCGUGACAGACCUAGAAAACCUGGCACAAAAUCGACAGAAAAAACCCUAGCCCGUGCUCGAGCACGCUAUCAUGCUAAACGAGCACUAGAAGUCCUAACUGGUAGCGACAAACGGAAUGUAGGUAGACCAAAGAAACUGAGUGAAGCUAAACCAGCACGAAACUCGAAGAAUAACACACCGGUGGCGAGGAAAAAGACUAGUCAAGUGGAGGGAAGAACGGAAACGCAGAAGAAGAUGAGCAUGAUCAUGAACCCGGUGCUGGCGGCGGUAAGGUUUGGGAUUUUUGGGAAAUAUUCGAUUUUUUUGAAACUUCCAGUACGAUUCUUAUUAAUAACUAAGUUUUGUAAUUUAUUUAAUACUUAUAAUGUAACUUUCAGGAGAUUGAAAAAGAGACCCGUCAACUAGAAGAGAAGCUAAGUCGCCACAGCUACAAUUAUCAAGAAAUCACCAUCCCCUUAUUCAAACACUAUGACGAUUCAGUGGAGAAAGAAAGACAGACCGAACGAUCAUCUCGACGAAAUUCAAUAGACGAGCGUUGUUUAACGGUAGAAGAUGUCCUCGAGCCAAACGAAGCCAUUUUCUUUGCCAAAAUCCAUCACGGUAUCGAAUACCCACGUUUAACAGACGAAGAGAUCAAACGACGGAAGAAGGAGAAGAUCAUGCUCAUACCUGAAUAUCGACCCUUUAUUCCAGAACUAUAUGAACAUGAAAACCCGUUAUGUGACGCGUUUAAUCCGCGGAAACCGGUGGUGAAGGUCGAGAUUGACGUGGAAAAGCUGGAUCUGAAUGAUAAAGAGGAAGUGGAGGAUAAAACGGAGAGUAAAGAGGAGAAGAUUAUCAUAGACGGUGAUAGCCAAGAUAGCGCGGGUUCUGAUCCGAAUAUAGAGCUGGAUGUGAUCGGCAAAGAAGACAACUUUAACUUGUUCAAAGUCCCUCAAGUAUUACCUCUUCCGACCAGUACGACAUGA